CUGCUUGCGGGUCAUGAACGGAAAAUGGAUAGAAGUAUCCAUGUCAAACACCUGUAAGAGCUCACAAAUUCAGCCCCCCAAGCAAUCAUAGGAAUGCCAAUGGUCAUUCAACAAAGUUCUUCCAUGAGAAAUGGCUACUCAGGACCAAAAUCUUGCUGAACAAGACGGUGGAGGCUCCAUAUCUCAAGGUUCAAUCUCUUGCAGCUAUGAACACUGAUGAACAUUCUGGGACAUCGAAAUUUCCCCAAAUUUCAAGCCAUUCUCCCAAAUCCAAAAGUAACUCUGACUCUAAAGGCAUUGCUUCAAACAUGAAUUCACAAUAUGAAAAUUUAAGGCCAGAUGUUGGAAUGUCUCCGAUCGUGUCAUUGAACGUGGCUCGUGCCGUUGCAUAUCAGAGGCCUAGAAUAUCCAGGUCGAAAUCGCUUACGAAAAUUUUCAGCCCGAAAUCGAAAAGAGCAGCAGAUUCAGAGUCCUCGCAUGGAGAGGGCAUAGUUGAACAUCACAUCUUAACUAGAGAAUUGGCUCACGGGUUGAUGCAUCGAUCCAACUCCGUACCUGAUAUCAGAGAAGAUGGAAGCGUGUCGUUACGUCGUAACACUGUUCGUCUGACCCUGACCUCUCCACAAAUUGGCAAAAAGUUUGUCAUGACACCAUACAAAUCACCUACAUAUGAGACGAACAUAGAGACUGGUGAGCAUAUUUCAGAAGAACCCGUUUGCCGAAUUUGCUUGAUCGAGCUCGGGAACGGUCUCGAGACUAUAAAAAUGGAAUGUAACUGCAAGGGUGAACUUGCCUUGGCUCACCAAGAAUGUGCUAUCAAAUGGUUUAGCACUAAAGGUAACAGAACAUGCGAUGUAUGCAGGCAAGAGGUUCAUAAUCUCCCAGCUGCGCUGCUACAAGCUCAUGCCAUUCAGGCCUACAACUUUCAAGGAAGUGAAAUUGUUUCAGCUGACAUUACUCAAUACAGGGUUUGGCAGGAUGUUCCUUUUCUUGUUAUCAUCAACGUGCUAGCUUACUUCGGUUUCCUAGAACAACUUCUGGCUGGUAAAAUGGGAUCAAGUGCUCUAGCUUUUUCUCUUCCCUUUUCUUGCAUAUUUGGUCUUCUUGCAUCCAUGGCUGCCGCAACAAUCGUAUGGAAGCAGUACAUAUGGAUUUACGCCAUGGUCCAGCUCGCUUUCGUGAUCGCCUUUUCUCAUGCUUUCUACUCAAAGCUUCAUAUGCAGGCCAUUCUAGCCAUUCUUCUUGCCACAUUUUCAGGCUUCGGAGUUACAAUGACGCUGACUCUCGUUCUCGAGAAAAUUUUUCAACGAACCAGACUAUGGCUUGAUCAAUCCAUUAAUCAAACUCCAUCAGCAAUGCAGUCAAAUGGAUCGUCAGCAACCACACAUCAAGUGCACGCGGAUCCUCCGCUUGGUCUUCGUCGGGGACCCGAGGAGCCGAUGCAGACACGAACAUUGUCCGCAGCCUCGUGCAGAAGUCAAAUCGAUCCUCCCGAUCAAGAUAUCGAAAUGGGAACUUCAGGAGCUUUGCAUCAGAGACAGGCCAUAUCAGUGUGCCAUUGACAAGGAGUUCUUAGUCUUGUAUAUGCUUGCUUCUCUGUAUUUUUUUCCCCAAUUGAUUUUAGAUGAUAAUGUAAAUAAUUUUUCUAUGCGGUUUAUAU